CUGAUGCCUCUUGCAGGAGGAGGGAGAGGGGUGACUCCGUCUGGUUGCUUUCGACUUUAGGAAGGACGCAGGAUGGGGCGAAGGCCAGUGGACAGGAGAGGAAUCUGGACCAUUUGCUCAGAUUCCGCACCAGGAACCAAGGCGACGUCACUUGGAAAUGUCGUUUGUUGACCUUCUGCUCCCCCAGCACCUGGGACUUGAGCAGAGACUCCGAUUACGCAGAUAACUCCCAGUGGUGCUGAUGGAAAUUACCUGCGUAACAAGCUCUCCUGCCCACAUAAAAUGCCAGAUGCCUGUUUCAUUGCGAUGCACCCACCCCACCCCACCCCCUGCGUUUGCAAAAGAGCUCAUUGCAUCUGCUUUCUUCCCUUUAGGUGCCCACGCAAGGACUGGCAUGAUGAAGAGAUGCGUGUGUGAGUAGCAGCCCUUUGGACCACGCCGGAAGGAGACCAACAGUGUGGGCAGGGCCGGGGCCGUGAGCACACGUGCGUGUCGGAGUAGAUGAGGCUUGGGCUGUGAUUAUGCUGACAUUCCAGCAUGAAUCUGGUGGACCUGUGGUUAACGCGUUCCCUCUCCAUGUGUCUCCUCCUCCAAAGCUUUGUUCUUAUGAUACUGUGCUUCCAUUCCGCCAGUAUGUGUCCCAAGGGCUGUCUCUGUUCUUCCUCUGGGGGUCUGAAUGUCACCUGUAGCAAUGCGAAUCUCAAGGAAAUACCUAGAGAUCUUCCGCCUGAAACGGUCCUCUUGUACCUGGACUCCAAUCAGAUCACAUCCAUCCCCAAUGAGAUUUUUAAGGACCUCCAUCAGCUAAGAGUCCUCAACCUGUCCAAAAAUGGCAUCGAGUUUAUCGACGAGCACGCCUUCAAGGGAGUCGCGGAAACUCUGCAGACUCUGGACUUGUCUGACAACCGGAUCCAGAGCGUGCACAAAAACGCCUUCAAUAACCUGAAGGCCAGGGCCAGGAUUGCCAACAACCCCUGGCAUUGUGACUGUACGCUCCAGCAGGUCCUGCGCAGUAUGGUCUCCAACCACGAGACGGCCCACAGCGUGAUCUGCAAGACCUCCGUGCUGGACGAGCACGCAGGGAGGCCGUUCCUCAACGCUGCCAAUGACGCCGACCUUUGUAACCUCCCCAAAAAAACGACUGAUUACGCCAUGCUGGUCACCAUGUUCGGCUGGUUCACCAUGGUGAUCUCCUACGUGGUGUACUACGUGAGGCAGAAUCAGGAGGAUGCGCGGAGACACCUCGAAUACUUGAAGUCCCUGCCGAGCAGGCAGAAGAAAGCCGAUGAACCCGACGACGUCAGCACCGUGGUGUAGUGGCCGAGCUGCCUGGCAUCGGAAGGGAAACCCAUUUGGGAUUGCAGUAGAAUAAGCUGGUUUACUUCUCUCAUCCAUUGUAAACAUUUGAAACUUUGUAUCUCCGUCUCCUUUGAAUUAUGCCACUGUCGAACUUUGAACAAACAUGACAACCUAACAACUCAUUUUCGUUUUAGGCGAUCCACCCCUGAAUUGUACCCCUGGUGGUAUAUUCCUGAGUCGGCUACUUCUCUGAACCUCAGUUAGAUCCAUCUCACUAUUUAAUAAUGAAAUUUAUUUUUUUAAUUUGAAACCAAAUAAAAGCCUAACUUUGAAUCAUGAAAAA